AACAAUAGCUGCUUGGAGGAAAUAUGCAUCAUUUCCAUUUAAUGGAGAGAAAAAAAUCAUUUCGCUGGAAGAGCAUGCGUGUUAGUUAAGCAAUCCUGAAUUCUCUAAGGAGGUAGAAGAGCUUUAAAAAGGACCCUAAGCUCAGCUUCUUCACUGUGAAAUCCUGAUGCUCAUGCCAAGAGUUGUCUCCUGAAUUUAUUUCUUAUUUAAUUUAAAUUUUAAAAAAUCAUGAACGUCGCAGCUCUAGUUAUCACUUUUUUAGCCUGUGCACUCUUCUCAAUGACAGAAGGACUUUUUAUCCAACAGCCCCGAUGUAAGUGUACAAAAACAAUACCAAUGAAAUUCCCUGAUCAUUUAAUUGUGAAGAUGGAGAAAUUUCAACCUGGUCCUCACUGCAAAAAUACAGAAAUAAUUGCUACAGUGAAACUGAUAAAAUUAUUUACUCGGUGCCUAAACCCUGAUGACGUGCAGGUUCAGAAUGCACUCAAAAGAAGGAACCUGGUAUAAUAGCAUGCUACUGCAAUGAAGAUCCCCGAAGGAAAAAAAAAGCAAAAAGUUGUCUCAACCUCUCAGUAUUUCUUCUUAUAUUAUAUGAGUUACUGAUUAUUCUAAGCGUAUUUUUAUAAAUGGUCUAUGUUUAAUAAAAUCAACAAAUCUCUAAA